GUACAGAGCAUGCGUUUCGAACAAGAACUAUUGCGCGAAAUGCAAAGUGUGUACGCCAGUAGAACGAACUGAAUUUUGCUCAUCGUGAUGGAUAGCGACGAAGGAUCCGAGCUCUAUGCCUCAGACAUCGAGCACAAUUAUGCCAACAUCCUCAAGGAGGCUGAAACUGACGGUCUGAUCGACUCAUACAAGCCGUCCUUUGAUGUUUAUUUCACGCAUGCUUCCUCACGCACGCGCACAUCUACCAAUGUCUUCUCACAGCGCGUCGUGCCCCUUAGCCCUGAAGAGUACAAUGCUGCUCUCGCACGGGCCCCUGCGCAUGCCUUUAUGCCGAAAAUUCCCUUUGAUAACUCCAGUUUCAAGAGAUGGGCUCGCGAGCUCGACGAGGGCUUUAAUUUAUUGUUCUAUGGACUGGGCUCGAAGCGCAGUAUCCUCAACGACUUUGCAAAACACGUCUCAAGACGUGGUCAUGUCGCUGUAGUCAACGCCUUUCACCCUUCGGUAACUGUGCGCGACAUGCUUGCAUCCAUUGCACGCGUCCCAGGCGUACAAUCCACUUCCACUUCUGCUCCUUCCCUGGAGCGCGUAGCAGAGCAUUUUGCAGGCUCAGACAGCCCCCAUCUCUUCCUCAUAGUUCAUUCUCUCGACCGCUCUCCAAAACUUACACGUGCGAUUGCUUCGCUCGCACUCAGCCCCCACAUUCACAUUGCUGCGUCUAUCGACCGGCUCAACGCGCCACUUCUCUUCAGUGCGUCUCAGCUCGCAGCUCGGAAAGGUUCUGUCUUUUCUUCGGAUCGCGCUACAAAAAACGUAGGAUAUGGCUGGCUCUGGCACGACCUAACAACUCUUGCACCAUACACCUCCGAACUCGCGUUCGCUGACCGCACCUCCAUUUCCGGUGCCUCAGCUUCCCGUUCACGAGUUGAUGUCACCAACCCUGCUUCCGGUCCGUUGACAGAAACAGCGGCAAUGCACGUCCUCGCUGCAGUGACCGCUAAAGCCAAAAAAUUGUUCUCCUUGCUCGCUGCAAAGCAGCUCGAGAAUGCUGAUUCAUCCGACGACUCAGAGGCUAACUCCGCACGUAAUCCUAACGAUCAGCAGCAUCUUGGCCUGACAUAUGACGCUCUCUUUACUUUGGCGCGGGACGCGUUCAUCGCCACGAAUGAUACUGCCUUCAGAGCUCUGCUUGGCGAGUUCAGGGACCACGGGCUUGUUGUUAGCGCAGCACAGCCUGGUACUAGUGGAAGUGAGGUGUUGUGGAUACCUUUGAGGAGGGAGAGGCUGUCGAAGCUGGUUGGAACCCUCGAUGGGGCCAGAACAUGAUCGCGUGAGCUCACUGUGAUGAGUCUGUGGAUGUUGAUAUAGAAUACCGCUAUGAAACCGGUAGAUCGACUUCCCUCGGCGAUCUAUUGUACCGAAAAUUAUCAAUCUUGAUAUUGCACACAGCUGCGAGUGCUGGAUGUUAUUAUUGAUGGAAGCGAGGAUGAUCGAAAUAGAGUUGAU